AUGACGUUUGCUGAAUUGUAUCGACAAGGUAUAACAAGUAUGGAAUUACUUAAAUGGUCAGUACCAGUUGACAUGAUCGAACGAUAUGAAAAAAUUGGUCAAAAUUCGACUGAAAUAUUUUACAAUUGUUCGUUACCAUGGUUUGGUUCAACAUGCCAGUACAGAUAUGAGUCUGCUGUUGUAUUACCUUCAUUUAAUAAAAUUCUUCAAUUCCAUAAUGAUAUUAGUAGUAUACCUGAUGUAUACGUCUAUUCGAAUACAUGUUAUCCAUUUUUACCUGACUGUUACCGUGGUCCAUCACCGAUGUGUCUUGAUUGGCAUGAAAUUUGUGACGGAUAUUUUGAUUGUCUCAAUGGAGAAGAUGAGCAAUUAUGCGACAUAUUAGAAGUAAAUGAAUGUUUUGAAGAUGAAUUUCGUUGUCACUUUGGUAGCCAGUGUAUUUCGUCCGCAUUUGUUCGUGAUGGAAAUGCAAGUACUGAUUGUCUUGAUGGUUCAGACGAAGUCUAUCGAGUAAAGUACUCCAGAUACGAAACUGACUAUCUAUGUACACGUGUAUCAACAUUUCAAUGUGAAGAACUCCGUGAUCGGCGUUCACUUGUGUUAUUUCCAUGUCCUAUGUUUAUUAGUGCCUCCCUUUCGACAGAAACUACGGCAAGCACUACUGGCCUUUGCGCUAAUAAUCGAUAUUAUUAUAUGUUUUUUAAUGUUCUCACUUCAUUACAUCACAUUUCAGACGUACGCUGUAGACAAGCAUUCUACUGUUCACUUAAAUUCUCUAUUAUUCCUGAAUUUACAAAUGAUAACGCAAGCAAAUUUCGUUGUGAAUUUCUUGGUAAUCAUUGUCAAUCGGAAUGGCUUGUAUUGCCCGAAUCUCCAUUUAUAUAUGGCUUCUUUCAAUUUGUUUAUUUAACAAAUCGAUCAGUCGCUGAAUUUGAUCGUACUAUCGUGCCUGAUUUUAUGUGUUUUAAUGCAAGUCGUUGUCCUGGAUUAGUAUAUUGUUCAAUAAAUAUUGGUAUGCAUAACGGACUCACAUGUUGUAAAACGAAUAAUCUAAUAAAUAGAACAUUAAUCCAAUGGUUUCAGUUAGAUGAUUUUUUGUUUGAUCUUAGUCAACGUUGUUUAACAAUUGGUACGGAUCAAGUAUGUUCACAUUCAUCGUUAUUUCAUUGUUCACGUUCAUUAAAAUGUAUUUCAAAACAUCGAUUAGUUGAUGGUUAUAAUGAUUGUUAUUACCAAGAAGAUGAAUUAUUUCCUACUUGUCAAUUAAAUGAUUCAAAACGUUUUAUAUGUGCAUCUAAUCCAGAAAAAUGUUUAUCAUUAGUUGCUAUUGAAAACGGAAUAAAAGAUUGUGAACAUGGAGAUGAUGAAUGGCCUGAAAAUCGACGAGAUAUUCAAAAGAAUCCUAUGCCCUUUGCAAUAUUUUGCGAUGGAGAAUGGGAUUUAUUUUCAAUGGAUGCAUUCAAUAAUACAGACGAAACUAAUUGUGAAUGGUGGCCAUGUAAUAAUCCAUACUCUCGAUGUGAUAACGUUUGGCAUUGUUUCAAUGGUGCUGAUGAACUGAAUUGUCCUGAUGCAAAAUGUUCAUUGAACGAGCACUUCUGUACGGAUACUCCUCCUGCGAAACCUAUUUGUGUGUCGUAUCUCGAUAUAGUGGAGAAACUUUUGCAAUCUGUAACAGGACCAACUCGUCUGAUCUAUCUUACUAAUAAAACCGAUGCUAAUUUAAACGAGUAUUUCUUUUGCAAUGAAACGAAAUGUAUUACGUCAGAACAUCUAAUUUAUUCUCCAUCAAACUCAUCAAUAAUUCAUGAUGAUAAUUGUUUUAUACAAACAAAAAUACGUUGGCCGUUUACAUUUGACACUUAUCGGCGCGAUUAUUUAUCUCAGAGGUGUUCUUUCACACACCCAGAUUACUGUAAAAGAAAACCGAAACAAUUUCUCCAAACAUUUGGGUUAAGUUAUUUUCCAUCAAUUUCUAUUAAUUCUUCAGUUCCACAACCAUCUCAAGUAGGUUUGAAUAUAAGUACUCCGAUAAAAAGUCGAACAAGAGAUUGGUAUUGUAAUCGAGGAAUUCCUCUUUUGUUCAAAAAUAAUCAAACAAAAAAAUGUUUUUGUCCUCCAUCUUAUUUUGGUGAUCGAUGUCAUUUACAAAGUCAACGGAUUAGUUUAACAUUACAACUAAUUUAUCGUGCAAUUGCAGAUGUUAUAAAUUCUUUUCAAUUAGUAAUCAUGCUUAUCGAUGAUCAAGAAAUAAUUUAUCCUUAUCACGAACAAAUUACAUACGUACCAAAACGUGAUUGUCAAAAGAAAUUUAAUAUUUAUUUACUUUAUCCUCAUCGACCCAAAAAUCUUUCAAAUAAUUAUUCCAUACGUAUUGAUAUUUUUAAUAAAGAUUCAUUAACAUAUUGGGCAAGUUGGCAUCUAUUAAUUCCUUUUCAAUUUUUACCUGUGAAUCGAAUUGCUACACAAUUAUUUAUUCCGCCUACUACACAACAACAAUUUGAAUCUUCAUGCAAAUUAUCUUAUGGACAACAUGGUCAAUGUAUGAAAUAUAUUAAUGAGAAUUCUUCAUAUUUUUGUCAAUGUGACCAAGGUUAUUCUGGUCGACAAUGUAAUAUUCAACAUUCUUGUUCUUGCUCAUCAGAUUCAUUUUGUCUUACUUCAUCUAUUUGUUUAUGUUCAAUGAAGAGAUUUGGUCGAAAUUGUCAUUUAACACGUCCAGUUUGUCAAUCAUUAAAUAAUUCAUGUGAAAAUAAUGGAUUAUGUAUACCAAUUGAUGAUCGAAUCAAUGUCACUGAUUUUAUAUGUUUAUGUAAAGAAAAUUUCUAUGGAAAAAGAUGUGAAAAUCAGAUUACAAAUGGAAUUUCUAUUGAAUUAAAUGAAGGUAUGAUUCAACAAGUUUCAAUUGUAUUUAUUCAUUAUAUCAAAGCAUUUGAUCAUUCUGAACAUCAUCAAGUAACAGAAUUAAAAAAGAUUAAAUAUGGAGAAAAUAGAAUAGAAAUUCGUGUAAAAGAACAAUUUCAUCUUUUUUUUAUUGAACUUUUAAAACAAAAUUAUUAUUUAAUUAUUAAACAAGAAACUUUUCAAAAAUUAAAUUAUAUUCAAAUGAAAUUAUCAUCAAAUCAACGAUGUGUUUCAAUAGAUGAAUUAAUGAAUUCUUAUACUUAUCUUCAUCGUAUUAAAUAUUAUCCUCAUUUAUGUCGACAAAAUAAAGAAUUAAUGUGUUUUUAUGAUGAAACAUAUAUGUGUAUAUGUGAUCUUAAUCGAUUUUCAAAUUGUUUUAUUUUUAAUCAUUCGAUAACUUAUGAUUGUCAAGGUCAAAAUUACUGUGAAAAUAAUGGUAAAUGUUUUCAAGAUAAUCCAAAAUGUCCUGUUCAAGCAUUGUGCAUAUGUUCGGAUUGUUAUUAUAGUUUAAGAUGUCAGUUUACUACGCAAGGUUUUGUUUUAUCACUUGAUUAUAUUCUUAGUUAUCAUAUUAAACCAAAUCGUUCUUUUUCUCAACAACCAAUGGUUAUCAAAAUAAGUAUAGGUAUAAUAACAUUUAUGUUUAUUUUAGGAUUAAUUAAUGGAAUUAUGUCGAUAUUAACAUUUCAUAGGAAGAAAACAAGAGAUGUUGGUUGUGGUUAUUAUUUCUUCAUAUCUUCUUGGAUAUCAAUAUGUUUAAUAAUUAUUUUAUUAAUUAAAUUUUGGCAAUUAUUGUUAUCACAAAUGACAAUUCUUACGAAUCGAUCAUUUGUUAAUUUUAAUUGUAUAUUAUUAGAUGUUAGUAUUAAAGUUCUUAUAGCCUUUAAUGAUUGGCUUGAUACAUGUGUUUGUAUUGAACGAGCUAUAACUGUUAGUAAAGGUGUGAAAUUCAAUAAAAAUAAAAGUAAACAAAUAUCGAAAUGGAUUAUAGUAAUUAUUCUGAUUGUCACAAUUUUAACACAUCUUCUUGAUCCAAUUCAUCGUCAAUUAAUUGAUGAUAUUGAUAUUGAUGAAAAACGUAUAUGGUGUUUAGUACAAUAUCCUUCUUCUUCCAUUAGUACUUGGAAUUCAUUUAUUACAUUUGUUCAUUUUCUAAUGCCUUUUAUAAUCAAUUUAUUAAGUAUAAUUUUUAUUAUUAUUUCAAUUGCUCGUUCUCGUUCAAAUCUACAAAGAAGAACACCAUUCAUAGAUCAUCUACGAUUACAAUUAAAACAACAUAAAUCUCAUCUAAUAGCAUCAUGUGUAUUCAUAGUAAUAGCAUUGAUACGAUUAAUCCUUUCAUUUUCAAGUGGAUGUAUGAAAUCACCAAAUAAAUCCUGGUUAUUUCUUAUUGCAUAUUUAAUAUCAUUUUUACUAUCAAUGAUGACAUUCUUUGUCCAUAUAUCUUGA